AUGGUUCCUGAGAAAGUUAUAUUACAAGAUCCUCAAUUCAAAGAAUCGCGACUAGAGUCUUUGUAUUCAAACUUCAAUCAUUUGAAGGAAAACCCAGAGGGACUUGAAGCCAACGUGGCAGCUUGGAAGUCGCUCCUGCUGGACGCGAGAAAUAAAUGUCCAGAUCAGUUCGAAGAUAAAGUUGCCUUUGACUCAGAUAGUCUGGUGGACCAGUUUUCACUACCCUCAAAGGGACUGGUACCCAAGGGUCUAAACAAGGUCAUUGAUCAGCUAGUACAGGAGAGAGUUCUAGUGCCAUUUUCGCAGUAUCAGCAAGACAAAGGUUUGCUAGGACGUGUGGUGGGGUGGGUGUUUGGCCCACGCUACCAGAGCGGCAACGAUAGUUCUGGACAGCUCAGGAAGGGUGAGCGCUUUAUAAUAAUCUCGGAGCUAUCGAAGUGGAGUUUACGCUUAGGGUCGUAUCUGAGCAACAACUCUCCGCUGGUGAAAGACCAUUUGGUUGAUCUCGCAUCCAAAGACUUGGGUCUUUCGCGUUUUGAUAUCGAAUGUUGUUUACUAUGUCUCGAAAGAGAACGCAAGCUGGCAGUAGAAGGUGACGUGGUGCGUGUUUUGGACGAGACACAGCAAGAAGUGCAACUCUCACCCGAGCAAGUGGAAUCGAUCGCAACUUUGAAAUACUCUAUCUACAAAAUGACCAAGUACAACGACGAGACAGAGAAAAGAGUCCACGAGCUGGAGGCUCGUGUACGCGAAUACGUGAAGAAGAACCAAAUGAUUAGGGCCAAAUCUGAGCUCAAAAUACAGAAAGCCUUGUCAGCAAAGCUGCAAAAAUCCACUCAGGGACUUGAGAACUUAGUCCUACUGCUAUACAAAAUUGAGGAGAACAAUAACAAUAUGCUGGUGGUUAAGACUUUGGAGUCUAACUCCAAGAUUUUGAAGAACAUGAACGAACAGGUUGGGGACAUCGCCUCGGUCGUGCAAGAGGUUCGUGAGGAGUGGGACAGAUUGGACCAACUAAGCGAGCAUCUUGGUGCAUUCACUGCGGACGACAGUUCGAUUGAUGAGGAAUUGGAGCUGCUCGAGAAAGAGGAGAAAGAGAAGACAGAACAAGAAAAAGAGAAAUCAGCAGAGCCAGAGCCAGUGUCGGAGCCACACAAGGAGGUCGGAGAGCCGGCAGCCGUGGACGAUGCCGAAGCAGACACAGUGCUCCUCGAACGGUUCAACAGAUUGAAGCUGCCUGCCAAAGCUACAGAGGAAAAAGAGCCAGAGAAUCCAUUGCCUGCUUGAUCUAUAAAAUGACGACUCCGUUAAGCGGCAAUAUGUAUUGUCGAAGCUUGAUACCUGCUUCUUGGAAAACCUUAGAACUCAGUUCAUCCAUGGAAUAGCUUUGGGAAUAGACCACUUCUUCGAUGCCGCUCUGAACAAUUUUUAUAGAGCAUGUGAGACAUGGGCAGGUAUUGCAGUACAGGAUAGCGCUUUUUCCUAUUCGGUCUCUGCCCGCUUCUAAUAUGGCGUUUUCUUCUGCGUGCAGACACAAACAGGUCGACAAUCCGAUUCCACAUGAAUCGCCAGCAUUGCAUCUUGGACAGCCUCCUUGGUUGCAGUUCUUGACGUUACGGGGAGUGCCGUUGUAACCUGUUGCCAAAAUCCUACUGUCUCUGACUAGCACACAGCCGACUCUGCGUUUCAUGCAGUUUGAUCUCAGCGCAGCUAGAUCUGCCAGCCUCAUGAAAUACGCGUCCCAGGAGGGUCUGAGCCGUUCUUGGUUCAGAAGGUUCAGACUUCGAAGUCUAUCGUGAAACUCCUGGACUGUGUGCCCAUCAUUUAUGAUUCGUAUCUCCGACUGGUCAAGGAUCCGCAACAUCUCGCCAUUGUUUCCGAAUCUAUAUUCAUCUGAUCGCAGUGCAAAUUGUUCCAAAGUGAUGUUCGCGUUCGUUUUUUCAAGUCUUUUGAAUCGGUUGAUUAGGGACGCGUCGAUAGCCACAUGGAGGAAAAAGGGCCGUUUCAAAAGGGCCUGGAGAAACUUGUUGCUGGUAAUGCAUGUGAGAAGAAAGUUAUCGUACCAGUUUUUGGUGACAAAGUCGAUCAGUUCCGACUCAGUGUCGAAGCUCUUGAAUACUUGAAGAUUGACUUCGGCAGGUGAUCCGUCAACCGUGAUAUACUUAAACCCAUAUUCGCUAACCAGAAAUGCCGCCACUUCUGACUUGCCCGAAUACAAUGUGCCUGUGAUGCCAAUUAGCAUUAGCUUUUUCGUGUAGCAGUGAAGUAAAUA